UAGCAACCGUUGCUAAGAACGCCCAACAGUGUAAUACAAGCACAGCUGACUCGCGCCAUCGCUUUGCAACAUCCUCGCUGAAUCGGGGCGUUUUCCCGCCGAUUUGUGCCACUAAACCUCCCAGUUUGCAUCAAAUUCACGGAUUACACUUUGGUUAAGUGCUGUAUCAAAGAUGGGACGACUACCGAUGGGCAGCCGCACGUCGCACGUGCAGGGCAGCACCGGACCUCAGUACAGCGUCAUGAACUUCUACUGUACCCAGAAUUCCACCACGUACGGACAGGAGGGAUUCAAACCCAGGACCGGCAAACACGUGGGCACGGGUUACCAGUCUAACUUCAGGCCCGGCGUCUACUACAGCAGGCACUUGGAUGACCUGGAUAACCCAGAAAUGGGCCGCAUUGUGGCCAGAAACUACAACACGGUGACGAAGCUACACUUCCUGCCUUCCAAGGGGUCCGACGGAAGGGACCCCCUGCCAAGAAACAUCCACAUGAAGGGGAGCGGCUUUGUACGGCAGACGCCAAUCACCACGCCAACAGUGGCUGAGGUGAGAAAGGUCCAUGUUGACACCCACCACACGGCACCAUUCUCCAUCCUGCCCAAAGCCAAACCACUGCUGCACAAGAUCCAGUCUAAGGACCCUGUGGAGCUGGAGAAUGGCAGUUUUGGGCCCGGCUUCAUGACUACUGAGACUCAUGUCAGGUUUGACGGCAAACCUAUGGAGAAAACUGAUUUCUAUCACAAUUCCAUCGGCAACAAGGAGGAGUCUGGGUUCACACACGCGUACAACGUGGAGCCCGUCACGUUCCAUCCCGGGUCUCCGCACAAGGGCGAGAUGCCAGGUUGGAUGACAGACCGUCCCACGGGAGUCAGCAUCAUGAAGACAAACUUCCUGAGGAGUGAAGACCCCAGCGGGAAGGAGCCACUGCCUAACCUGACAGACAGAGCUGUGAGGGACACCGGCUUCACCCACGAGACAGCCAAACCACAGUUCCUCGGACAUCCUGCUAAUGCCUUCACCAGAGUUGAACAGGUUCCAAGUCUGGUAGCAGAGAGAACCCGGAAGAAUGACCCAGCAGAAUAUGUCAACAUGGCUGCCCCUAACAACCAUUCCAGCCUGACAAAGAACUGGUUCAAGGGCGCUCAACGAGAGACGCCAAGCGAAACAGACCGACUCGGCAGGAAGGCUGUCGGAUGGCAGGAGCUGUCAGGCUACAGUGCCAACAACGACCGUUACGUCCAGCAACCACCGACACUUGAAGACCUACAGAGAUUUGUCACACACUACCAGAUAAGAUUCCACGACAAGAACCCUGAGGGUAUUGACCGCGAGGGUCACACGUGGGGAGGGCUGCAGGAACAACUGCCCGACGGAUUCACCAAGAGCACAGCUGUCCACAGCUACGGACCCGCCAUCAACACCACAGACACUCUCCGCAGGCUACAUCCAUACGUGUCUAGGAGUAUCAAGGGGACCGACCCAUUCUAUGAUGAUCACACCCAUGACAGCAAAGUCCACUCAGAGUUGAGAUCUUCACUACCCCCCAUCAUGGCAUAGAGGUGGAACAUUCCACGCCCAGUAUUUGAUUCCAAUUAGCCAAGACAGAAAGACUUUGAAAAGAAAAGUCACUUUAUCAAAUGUAUAUUUGGUGUUUAUUCAUUUGGUGAUAUCAAUAUUCAAUAUUCAACCCCAAAUAUCAUCCAGAAAGAAACAAAAUAUUCUAUGAUUUUAUAGCCAUGUAUGUUGACAUUAGUUCUUGCUUGGAUGAUCAACAAAAUUAAAUACAUAUAUAUAUAAUUGAUGUGUAUUAUGAGUCAGACUAUUAUAAGUAUUAAGCAUUUGGAGACAACCAAACUGUAUAUAUUUCACUGUGUGAUUUCAAAAUACCUGUGUGCAUUGUCAUCUGGUGUUCGAAUUUAUUGUCUUGAACAGAAAAUCUAGUAAUACCUUGAAAUCUCUGAAUCAAAGUUGAACCUAUAAUUGCCAACACAAAAAAAUUGGGGUUACCCAAAUUUUUGACUAAUCAACUUCAGCCUUUGUCAAGGAAUUAACAAUCCACUGCCUCUAUGACAUAACUUUAUGCAGUCUUGUUGAGUACAGUGGAUCAUUUGACUAAAGUCCAAUUUUUCUUGUUGGCAACUACAGUUCAACUUAAAUUUGUUUGACACCUUUACAAGAAUGAGUGGAUGCUAUGUGCGUUCGGAACUGUAAAUUUGUUGCUGGCAACAUGAGUGUAACUUCAUAUUAUUUUGCACUUUUGUGAGGGAUACUCUACAAUGCAAAGAGCUGCUAUGAACGUGUAUAAUACUGUCAAAGAAUGGGAUGCAUCUAUUUUAUGUUUAUCUAGUACGUUUUUUGUAAAGCUUUACUCAUUGUCUACCAAAUAUAUUGUAUUUUACCUUCUC